AACCGCGCAGGCGCACUAGGGAGAUCGCCUUUGAGUCCAGUGCGGCAGGAAAAGCCAGAGGAGACGUCGUGGAGAUUGAGGGUUGGGAGAGCAAAACAGUUAUAAAGGGAAAAAAGGACAAUUGCUUCCGUUUACUUAACACCAUCCUCAAAAUAUGAAUUUAGCUAUGCCUGUAAAUAGAAGUCGGGUAAAUGGGCGAGCAGUUUCGUAGAUAGCCUCCAGUAGACUAACGUUUCGUCUAUGCUUGCUUGGCAAAUUGAAGAUAAUGGAAUGGAAUGGCUGAAAAUCCCUAAACUCGUCUACUGCAGUUGCCUGGCUGGAAUUCUCUUCUCGUACUGAAAAUAUCGGACACAUGGAAAUAAUAACGGUUAGCUUGUAACUGUGGGAAGGAUCCACAACACAUCUGGGUGUGAGGAAUUCCAGUCGGUCUUCGGUUCGGAAACGCAUUCGAAGUUUGAACGUAAAGAGACUUUGCUGCAUUGAAUUCCUUUUCACGGGAUGUCAUCUGCCGCCGACAGAAUUCCACGAGUUAACUGACCAUCUGCCUCUCGGUAACGGAGGCCGAACGAGCCAGGCGUAAAGAUGGGUGAUGCGGCACAUACCAAGGGGUUGAGACGAACCUUUAUCGUCCCCUCGAUCAAGGCGUUUGAUCACUACGAUUUCACAAGGGCUAAAAUAUCCUGUAGCUUCACAUGGCUUGUGGCCAAAGCCUUUGGCUCAGAUGCGGUCCCUGAGGAGCUUUCUGACCCCUUCUACAGGGACCAGUACAGCCAGGAGCACCUGAAGCCCCCCGUGGCGUCCCUACUGCUGUCUGCAGAGCUCUACUGCCGGGCGGGUAGUCUCAUCCUCCGCAGCGAUGCCGUCAAACCCCUGCUGGGACACAACACCGUCAUCCAGGCCCUGGCACAGAAGGGACUGUACGUCACAGACCAGGACCGACUGGUCACCGAGAGGGACCUGACCAGCACUCCUAUACGCAUGAGUUCCCACCUGGCCCUGAUAGACACUCUGAUGUUGGCGUACACGGUGGAGAUGGUGAGUGUGGAGCGGGUGAUGGCGUGUGUCCACAGAUGCUCCUCCCCUCUCAACGACCCCUCCUCCCACCUCGACGGACACAUCAGAGAUCUGCCCUACGACACUGAGGACGCAGUCACCACAUGGAUCAACAAGGUGAAUGAGCACCUCAGGGAGAUUCUGGUGGAGGAGCAGAGGUUGAGAGAGAGCUCUUGUCUUGAGACCACAGCUACAGGAGCUCAGAGGGCGCGCUACAGGAGGGAGUAUGCCCAGCAGAGGGCAGCUCCAUCACUCCCCCUGGUGGACAAUCUGCUGAAGGACAACACAGACGGCUGUGCCCUGGCCGCACUCCUUCACUUCUACUGCACAACGUCCAUCAGACUGGAAGAUAUCUGUCUGAAGGAGACCAUGUCGCUGGCUGACAGUCUGUACAAUCUGCAGCUGGUGCAGGAGUUCUGUAGGGACAACCUCAACCACUGCUGCCACUUCUCCCUGGAGGACAUGCUCUAUGCCCACUCUUCUAUCAAGAACAACUACCUGGUGUUUAUGGCAGAGCUGUUCUGGUGGUUUGAAGUGGUGAAGCCUUCGUUUGUACAGCCCAGAGUCUUUGACCCACAAGCCUGUGAUCCUGCCCAUUCAUCCAGGACUAUGGGUCCUAUGUGUAGCCCAGCCAAAAAGGACUUUGGGGACAGACCUGACAGCCCAAAACACGACAGGCUUCAACCAGACUCUGCUUCAGGUGUGAUCAAGAGGUCGGCGUCCAUGUGCUAUGUGGACGGCUGUGUUGGGACGUGGCCUAAGGAGAGACGGUCUCGGGGCAUCUCCUUUGAGAUUCCUCUGGACGGGGACCCAAGCGCCCCUCUCUGUCGGGGUCCUUCCCUCCGAGGCAUGACCCGCUCUGCCAGCACAGACGGCCUGGGGGGGUUCAAAGUUCACCACACACCUCGGGAGGGCGUGAGGCACCAACUCCCCUUUCAGCCGGUCAGCGUUAACGGUCAGGGUUGCAGUGCUGGACACAUACCUGAGGAGGACUACGACUCACGUAACUACAACUCCCAUAAAGCACUGGGGCGUGGGCAGACUCAGCCACACAGGAGCCAGAGCAGAUAUUCCAAUGGCGUUCUCCCAGAGAACGGCAAGGGCGGCAGCACACCCCCCGUACCCCUCAGCUCGUCAACCCCGCCCAGCAUCGAGGAGGCCCUGAAGAUCAUCCACGACGACACAGAGAGGCCCCACGGCAGCCUGGGGCCCGGGGCCAACGGCUUCUUCCUACAUGAUGGAGCUGAACCUCCAGACCCAGGCGACGACCCUGACGACUACCCAGGAUCGGCUAAGGCCCGGGCGGACGAGGCCGACCCCAACUCAGCCUCUACAGAUGAGGUGGACACAGGGAUCCACGUGAGGACAGAGGACAUCCAGGAGAGUUUGGAGGAGGACAACUCUUCCCUCAGGGACUACUCUGAUAUAGACCCUGACUAUGAGGCUAUGACACGAUCCUGUCCCCUACCAGAGGGGGAUGGAGAGAGGGGGGUGAGGAACGGAGACAGGGGAGAGAGGAGCAGCCCAUGCCCCAGCUCGGUGCCCACCGCCCCCCUGUCCCAUGUGCCCAGCCCUGCCUCGUCCUCUGGCGGUUCAGGCGGAGGCGUGGUUCGCAUGACCAGCUUCGCCGAGCAGAAGUUUCGUAAGCUUGAGGGACGGAGCAGUGGAGGGACCACCCCCGAGAGUUCCGAGCUCAAUGUUCCGAACACGCCCGCACAAACUGCCACACCUGAGGGCUCAAGCCCCGCCCACCCAGCCCAGAGCCCGGCCACACCCUCUACCAAAGACCACACCCACCUGCUGUCGUCAGAGAUGGUGCACCUGAAGAUGAAGCUGGAGGAGAAACGCAGAGCCAUCGAGGCCCAGAAGAAGAAGGUGGAGGCAGCGUUCACCAGGCAUCGUCAGAAGAUGGGGAGGACAGCCUUCCUCAACGUGGUGAGACGGAAAGGGAUAACCCCCUCUCCCACCAGCCCCCUCCCUGGGGGCCCAGACCUCACCCCGGCAGGCAGUCUGGGCCAGGCGGAGAGGUGCAAGCCCGAUGGAGCCGCUCCCAAGUCCCCCUGCGAGGAGAGUGCAGGGUUAGUGGCUGGAGAAGUGGACGUGGCUGAGUACACUAGCUCCAUCGAGAGGCUGAACACGUCCCUGGGGUUCCUGCAGACGGAGAUGCAGCGGCUGGCUCAGCAGCAGGACAGGAUCAUGGCCAUGAGGGAACAGCAACAGUCCUGGGUCAUACCUCCUCCAGCGCCCUCACCACACAGGCAGCUACGGGAGCUCCGGCGAAACAGCGUAGCCGGCCGUGGGUCCGUGGGGUCCAUGUCCCCCAUCCUGUCCUCUGCCGGUGGUUCCCCCCGCGCCCCCCACCGUUCCCCUGGCGGCCUCAAGCGCCGACCAGCGUCCUUCCACGCCAGCACCCCUCACACCCCCCGUACCCCACGCCCCAGCGAGCUCAAGGUAACUCCCUUAAGACGGAUGCUCAACACCCCCACGUCCGUGGACAGUCUGCCCAGGCUAAGACGCUUCUCCCCGAGCCAGACCCAGGUCACCUCCUUUGCCUACCUGGGACAUGAUGAGGGUCCUGGGGCCACAGAAGAGGGCAGGGAGGGAGGGGCCCCAGGGGGAGCAGAGGAGCCCCAGAACCAAAAUGAGCAGCCUGAGACACAGCCAGAGGUAGCAGAGGCGGGGAUAAGGAGUGCAGGCGCUCAUCCCUCCUCGCCCACUAAAGGGAGAGAGCAGGAAGGGAAGGAGGAGAGGAGAGAUGGAAGGACGGAGAAGUUGGCAGAGGUGCUGUCCCAGCCCAGUAGAGACCUGAUAGAAGUACCAAUGUCUGCACUGAAGCCUCUGGGAGGACAGGGUCUGGAGUUGAGUGGAGAGCUGUACGGAGAGGACCAGAAAAUGUGCUGUGGGUUCUUCUACAAGGACGAUGGGAAGGGAGAGGAGGACAUGGCGGUGAAGAGGGCUGCUCUGCUGGAGAAGAGGCUGAGGAGAGAGAAGGAGAAACAGGAGAAGAAACAGCAGCAGGAGCUGGAGCAGGAGCAGAGGAAGGAGGAAGCACGGCUGAAAGCAGAGGAGGAGCAGCAGAAGCGAGAGGACGACAAGCAGAGGAAAGAUUACAUAAAGAACGAGUACAUGAGGAGGAAGCAUUUGAAGCAGGUGGAGGAUAUGGAUGUCAGGCCCCGUCAUGGAAGUCUUAAAAAGAAGCCACGCCCCAAAUCCAUCCACAGGGACGUCAUGGAGUCACCCAAGCCCCCCAUCAGAGCCACCGGCACUCGACCGCGUGGGUACUCAGUCUCCAGCAUGUCGCUGGCCUCCCUCAACCUGGCAGACAACGACAGCAACGCGGGAGAUAAGAGGACCCCCAGACCCCCCAGAAGCAGUAAACUAGGCACUGUGAGAGGCCAUAUCUCUUUCUUUUUAAGCUCUCCCAAAGAGAGAAAGGGAAGGCCAGACUCUGCGAGGCCAGACUCUGCGAGGCCAGACUCUGCGAGGCCAGACUCUGCGAGACCAGACUCUGCGAGGCCAGACUCUGUAGAGGGCAAUCUGUCAUCCUGCCCGUCUCGUAACGGAGAGAAGGACUGGGAGAACGACUCCACAACCUCCUCCACUCCCUCCAACCAAGAGUACACAGGCCCAAAGCUGUACAAGGAGCCCAGUGCCAAGUCCAACAAGCAUAUCAUCCAGAAUGCACUGGCCCACUGCUGCCUGGCGGGCAAGGUCAACGAGGAGCAGAAGAACAAGAUAAUAGAUGAAAUGGAGAGGUCGGGGGCCAACAACUUCCUGGUUCUAUUCCGGGACACGGGUUGCCAGUUCCGCUCGGUGUACUCCUACUGUCCAGAGACGGAGGAGAUCACCAAGCUGGCGGGCAUCGGGCCAAAGAGCAUCACGGCCAAGAUGAUCGAGGGACUGUACAAGUACAACUCGGACAGGAAGCAGUUCAGCCACAUCCCAGCCAAGACCAUGUCGGCUAGUGUAGACGCCAUCACCAUCGCCCCCCACCUGUGGCAGACCAAGAAACUGGGUACACCCAAGAAACUGGGUAGUCUCAAGUAGUCACAGCAACAAGCCGUUUUCAUAACAAACCAAGGAUAUUGUUGUUCGGUGUCUUGGGUUAUAGUUGAGGACUGAGGGGAGACUUUGUGGGUUAUCUGACCCAGGAACGGACCCAGGUCUGUGUAUGACCUGGGGUAUUACAGGGUCUGGUUUGGUAUGAACGCUGCUAAAGAGUCCAGCUUUCUAAUGUUUUUUCCCAGUAAGAUAUCCCCAGAACACUUCAACUCAGCAUUCAUCUGGGUCUGAUAUACAGUAUAAUUGGAUGAUUAUGUAGAAGGGUUUUUCUUCUUAAGAAAAUACUGCUGAAAUUAUUACUGGAAUGUAGGAGAAAAACAACAACACAAGCCUCAAGGGACAUUGUUGUUGUUAUGCAAGACUGUUUCUGUGGGGGGGGGGGGGGGGGGGGGGGGGGGGGGGGGCAGAGUAAUUCUAAUGGAGAAUGCGUGUGUGUGUUCGUCAGCAUGCGUGGGUGUCCAAAAAAGAGGGGGGCUGAUGAAAGCCUUACUGAAUCAGACCACUGAAGCACUGAAUGUCAUCUCUCUGAAAUAGACCGAGUUUGAGUUCUCUCUGUUCAUCAUGUUUGGCCUUAUGCUUGUUUUGUGUGUCAUAUGAAAGCACAGCGAUUAUGUUAUAUUUAAGCGCCAGUUGUGAUGUUUGUGUGAGUGCAGGAUGAUUGGCUGUGUGUGAGGCUUGCUUUUCUCUCUGGCUGAAAGAGAAGACUGAGCAGUUGGGUUUGUGUAAUGUGUAAACAAGUGCCAAGAUUGAGUGAGGUGAAUACCUCAGAAAUAGGUUGUUGUUACUUUCGAUAAGAACUAGAUUGUAAAAUCAUUGAUUUAAGUAUCAUCUACAGUACCAGUCAACAGUUUGGACACACCUACUCGUUCAAGGGAUUUUGAUUAUUUUUACUAUUUUCUACAUUGUACAAUAUUAGAGUGUGCAAACCUGUCAAGGCAAAGGGUGGCUACUUUGAGGAAUCUCAAAUAUAACAUAUUUUUUGAUUUCUUUAACACUUUUUUGGUUACUACUUGAUUCCAUAUGUGUUAUUUCAUAGUUUUGAUGUCUUCACUAUUAUUCUACAAAGUAGAAAAUAGUCCAAUUAAAGAAAAACCCUUGAAUGAGUAGGUGUGUCCACUUUUGAUUGAUACUGUAGUUCACAGGAAUGUCAGCAACUGACUUAAUAUAUUUUAUGUUUUUGAUAAGACUUUGGAAGUCUUAAAAUUUCAUUGACAGAAAUAUAAAUAUACUUUAAGACUAUAUACAUUGUAUAAGUUCAUUUAGUUUGUAUAUAAAUACCUAUUCCAUUCAAAAUGAAUGAGUCAAACUAGCGUUUAUCAUUUAAUAUGGACGUAUAUAAAACUUAAUAUAUGGGGCCUUUUGUUGUUUUAACAUUUAAGUGUGUGUCACUGACACGACGAUUUACAGCUGUAGAAUAGCAGCAAGUUUCACAAAUUGUGUCAUGCGCCAGUGCAACUCAGCGAAAAUGUCUUAUAAAGGAUAUUGUUGGGAUACAGUAUGUGUUUGGACCUCACAGAUAUUGAAAAGCAUUUUACUUUAUUGUGGAUAGUAUCUUAACUGUUGAAUUCCCUUUACACUCAAAGUAGUCCACAAUACAUCUAUGUGUACAUAUACAAUUGAGAGUAAUUAAUCGAUAGCAAUUCAUGAUACUUUCCCACUGUAGAUUGCAGUAUUUGUUGUAUAACUGCGUACUUACGUAAAGUAGAUCACAGAAAGAUGAAACAUUUCUCCUGUUACAUUAUGCUUUAACAUUUGACAUUCUUCUAACCUAUGGAAGGAAACUGGCCUUUAUUUUAUUUUGGAGUAAAGCAACGCUGUACAUUAUAUACAGUAUUUUGUCAGGUGUUUUUUCGUAAACCAUUUUCCAUUUUGAGAUUUCAUGUGAGCAGCAUAUCUGUCUCAAAAGGGAGUGUUUUGAAAGCAUGAGAGGGUAUGAGUGGCGGGCAAAACAUAGCAAGAUAAAUGACUGCAGACUGUCCCACUGCCUACUGUUGUCGGUAGUGGAUAAUGCCAUUCUGUGUUUUUCACAAUCUAAAUUAGUUUUUUUUUUUUUUCCCUGUUCAUGUAUUUAUGUUAUUUUUAUAUAUUCAUUUGAACUAUAUUAAAAUGUUAAUUUUCA